AUGGCGCUCAAUGCCGCAUCCCACAACAUAACUGGCGAGCCAACUGGUUCCCCUUCUGGUCCCCCACCUCCGGUGUCCUCUGAGAUAACCUCUGCCGCCAAAAGCUCGGCUGCACAAGACGCCAUGGGCCAGAAUGUCCCUGGGAAGGACCUACAAAACAACGAAAAAGGUCAAACGGUGAUGGGCGAAGCAGGCAAGGAAAAGACUGCCAAAGAAAGUAUGCAAGAUAACCUUGAAGGCCCGCAUUGA